CGGUCCUUCCACAACACAAUAAAACCGAAAAUAUCAAAACUGGAGUAAAAAAGUAACCAUCUCAUCGUCUUUGUAACUCAAAACUUUCUGGGUCGCUUCAAUUCUCUCUCAUCUCUAUCUAUCCAAUUAAGGUUUUUUCAUCUUCAUUGGAGUUGAAAUUUCCCAAUUUCGGCAAUCAAAUUAUCAAAUGGAAUGCAGCAAACUCCAACAAUUGCAGGUUUUUAUCCGAUCACCCGAUCUUCAAUUUCCAAUUCGUGCCCUAACCCUAAAUCCCAAUCAAACAUGGGCUGAUCUCAAAAAAUCUCUUCCAUUCUCCAAUUCAUCAUCAUCAUCUUCCUCUGAGCUAGGUUUCUUGUCUUUCAAUGGCAAAAAGCUCGACAAAUCCUCCACCAUCGGUUCUUCCGGCAUCGCUGCAAACUCCACCAUUAAUCUCCACUUUAAGCUCCUUGGCGGCGGCGGAGAUGGCGGCUCAACUUGCGCGGAGUCGAGAGAUUGCUACUUGAAGAUGUACGCCGAGAAGAAGCCGGAAAAAGUGGACCCUAACGAGAAGCGGCUUUCGAAGUGGACAACUUGCGCGCUUUCCUUCGAGCCAUUGAAGCCGCCGUGUGUUAUCGACCGCCUCGGUAACGUAUUCAACAAGGAAGCUCUUGUUAAGGGUUUGCUAGCUAAGAGUUUGCCGAAACCGUUUUCGUUAUAUAUUAAGGGUUUGAAGGAUUUGAUUCCAAUUCAAUUAUCUUCUGUUGAAGGUGAUAAAGUAGAAGGAUCACGUUUUCAGUGCCCAAUUUCUGGGUUUGAAUUCAAUGGGAAUUACAGAUUUUAUGCUUUGAGUAAGUGUGGUCAUGUUAUUAGCGCAAAGGCACUCAAAGAGAUUAAAUCUUCUGCUUGUAUUGUAUGUCACGAGGAAUUCGAGGAAGACGAUAAGAUUGUUAUUAAUGGGACUGAUGAGGAGGUUGAUGUUCUUAGGAAUAAGAUGAUUGAGAUGAAGGAUAAGGAGAGGGAGAAGAAGGCGGCGACUAAGGUUAAGAAGUCGAAAUCGAAACAAUUAAACUCGGGUGAUGUUUCCGGGGGAGGUGAUGAGAGUGUUAGUGUUGUAACCAGUGAUGAUGUUCGGUUGAGUGGGAAGAAGCAUGGGAUUGAUGUUGUUAAUUCGAAGGCCGAGGUCAAUGCCAAGCUUCCUAAUGCUGUUGCUGGUGCUGCUGCUGCUACUGCUAAAAAUGGUUCAACUAAGAGAUUCAAAGCUGUUGAUAUUGCACCGCCUAAUGCUGAUAAGAAAGUUUAUGCUUCUCUUUUUACUUCUUCUAGGAAGUCUGAUUUUAAGGAAACCUAUUCUUGCAGAUCGCUUCCUUUAGGUCGAAACUGAUUGUUUGCUUAUCAAUGUGAGUUUUGUUAUCUUGUUUUUACAUGGCUGUCAAUUAGUUUGUUCGUUUCCAUGUUGGUUAUGUUGAAGCAUUGGCAUCUUUGUGUUUUGAAACCAUAUACAUUGUUGUAUGUAUCAUCUAUGUAUACAAGUAUUAACUUUCUUGUACUAUUUGUUUUCUUGUGUUCCUGAUCCUCCCCGCUUUAAGUAGAUUUUUGAAGUAGUAUACGUACUUGUACGAGGUAAGAUGGUGGUUAUUAUUCUGGCUUUAAUAUUUAGUAGCAUGAGCUGAAUUAACUCACCAAAGUCCAAAGGAUUGUUCUUUUGGAUGUAAAUCUCACUGUAUAGAGCUUAAGAACAAGCAUUUCUGUAAUGAGAAAGGUGGGAAGCAAGUAGUAACGACAGUAGGUAUAGUCGUAUAGUUAAAGGAGCACGUGGAUGGCACAAAGCAGAAGGAAUAAAGAGAAAGUUGGGUGUAUCUUUUAUUGGUAGGGUAAGUUAAUGCUUUGACAUAAGCUUGUUUUAGGGUUUUGUUGAUUUAUUCUCGUCAUCUUUAGAUUGAAGUACUUGCUUAUAUUGUUGUGUGGUUGAUCAAAGUGAGUGGAUUCUUUGUUGAUUGGACAAAGUGUUGAGGUUCUGCCUUGUUGCUGGGUAUGCAGAGUAUUUUGAAGUUUCCGCUUUUAUGUCACCACAAUCCUUGCUGGUUUGGUAGGAGGCCAAGGCUAAGUAGCUUCUUAUAAGUUGAACUAUAUGUCUUCUAUUGCAAGCGGCUUUCUUGCUAAUCUGCUAUGAUUCCUGUGAAAGGAUGGCUUUUUGUUCUGCACAUAUCAAGCCUAUAAUUCUCCAGUUUCCUUCUGAUCCAUAUUUUAACUGCCGUUCUUUUAAAGUUAAUGUCUUCACAUUUGCCACAUUUAAGCUUGCUCAUACUAUGUUAUUGCUGGGGCUUUUUAUUCUUUUUACUUUGUCCAAUCUAUUUUGUUUGAUUGCACAUAAUUGCAUCUCAAGUCCCCAACUUUGGUGUAUCCAAUGUUCCAUCUGCAGUACUAAUGUCAUCUCAACUCCAUUUUUGUCAGGUUCCCUACAUGGAUUUUCUUGCAUUGUAUGAUCUGUUUAUUUGUGUGAAUUGUGAUUAAGCUAUCUGUCUUAGACAUUGAUUUACCAUGUGUUGUACUUCUCCUGACAGUCAUAUAUUGCUAUUGGAAGGCAUGUUCACCAAAGUCAGCUGAUAAAUGUGAAUUGCGUAUGCCAACAAUACAUGUUAGAAGUGAAUUUAUUUCUUGAGAGCAUACUUGUAGAAGAUUUGUAGAUUUCACAAUGCUGUGAUAGAAGAUUAUGUUUUGCAGGGGGCUGGUGCUAUGUCACUGGAUGAGGUGAUGCAGCUGCCAAUUUAAUUUUGUCGUAAUUGGCAUUGUCGCUUCAGUAAUUAUUUGUGUAUGCCUCGAAAAUCCUGCUUAGGGCUGUAACCAGCUGCGGUUAGUAAUACAGAUGGACCAAACACAGCUGCCAACUCUAAAAGUACAUACUCUGUACUCUGUUGGACCUGUGUCAGACUAGUACAAUCUUGGUUCAUAUAGACGAAUUUUAUAGUUCUCAUUGUUUAAGUUACCAUUUAUGAGCUACAAGUGAUAUUCUGAGUUCCGAAAUCUGCAGUAUCGUAUGCAUAGACAAGUAUCCCAACAGACAAAAAUAAUAGGCUCUUAUGCUUGAUAUUUGUGAGAUUCAUUCAUGGAUUACCCCCAUGGGGAGUGUUGUGACCAAAUCCGCCUUUCAUUGCUUUUGAUGUGUAUAGCAAGAACAAGGGUGUUGUUGUGAGCAAAUACGUGUUUAAGCUCUAAAUGUAUAGCAAGAACAUUUCUUUACACUUUGAUUUUACUUCAUAGUUGUAGAGAAUGCAAAUAUUGUCAACAAAAAAUAGGGAAAUAUGCAUACUGAAUUAGUAAAAGUUGAUUAUGUAAUGGCCUUGCUGUAAACUCUGAUACGAAAGUAACUAUCAGAUUGAGAGAUUAGUAGUCAGCCCAAAAUAUGUAAGUAGUCUAAAUUUAGUCUCAUUCGACUUUUGACUCGGA